GUACAUUUUGGGAUGCCCUGUUGCUUCUUAGGGGCAUGAUGACAGAUAAAUAACACUGCGUAAAAAUUAAUAUUUUUUAUAUCGCUAUGUCAGAGCAGUUGAGCUACGAAAUUCACAAAUAUUCCAGCUAUUCCACGUCUUAUUUGCCUGAGAAUAUCCGGGAGGAUUGUCCAAGCAAUCAGACGUCACGUUGGUCCUCCAACACCAAUAGUCCUCCGCAAUUUCUCACGCUCAAGCUCCAGCGUCCGGCAAUUGUUAAGACCAUCAAGUUUGGGAAGUAUGAGAAGACUCAUGUUUGCAAUCUCCGGAAGUUUAAGAUUUUCGGCGGUCUUGAGGAGGAGCACAUGGUUCUCCUUUUCGAGGGUGGCUUAAAGAAUGAUUCAGUUCCGGAAACAUUCACCCUGCGCCAUACAACGGAUUCCGGGGAGUUGCUGCCGGUUCUCUUUAUCCAAAUCAUGCCACUCCUCUCAUGGGGUCCCAGUUUCAACUUUAGCAUCUGGUACGUUGAGCUCCAGGGGCAGGAUGACCCAAUUUUCGUGCGUACCAGCCUCCAGAACUACAACACUUUGCGCGAAGUGGAAAUUGUCCGUCUCUGCCUGAAGCACUUCCGGCAGCAGGGCUACGAAUCGGCCUUCCGCUGUCUGCAGGAUCAGACGAAUGUCCUCCUUGAGCACCCAAUGAUGUCCAAUCUCCACGAUGCCCUCGUCAUUCGCGGUGACUUCCAGGAGACCGAAGGCUUCAUGGAGCAAUGCGUGGAGGAUGGUCUACUGGAUGGGUACCUAGCGCGGCAGGAUUACAAGGCAUCGUGGGAGUUGCAGGAUGUGACAGAGACGGAAAAUCGUCCGGGUAUGCGUGGUGGGCAUCAGCUGGUAAUCGACAAUCAGAAUGGGUUGAUCUAUUUGUACGGGGGAUGGGAUGGAUUUGAGGAUCUCAGUGAUCUGUGGUGCUACAGCAUCAAAUCCAACGUUUGGCGCUUGAUUCAUGCGAAUUCGGAGAAAUUUGACGGCCCAACACCCAGAUCUUGUCACAAAAUGGUCUUCGAUCCACGCAGCGGUCAGAUUUUCAUUCUGGGACGCUACCUGGACAGUUCUAGUCGCACCAAGGAGCACAUUAAGAGUGAAUUCUACCUCUACGACACCACGCAUCAGUCUUGGUUGCAAAUUUGCGACGACACAAGUCAAGUGUGUGGGCCACAGCUCAUCUUUGAUCAUCAAAUGUGCAUUGAUGUGGACAAGCAGACAAUCUACGUGUUCGGCGGACGUAUCCUGACACCACGAAACAUCGACGAUAUGUCCAACGAUCCGCAGUACUCGGGACUCUUCUCCUACCACAUCGGCACAAAUACGUGGACACAGCUCCUCGUGGACUGUGGGCAUCCCACAGCGGCUCACUUCGAUGUUCCCAGCAUUAAAUCACGCGUAACACACUCAAUGGUCUUCCACCAUCGUCACCGGAAGCUCUACAUCUUCGGCGGGCAGCGCAAUAAGGAAUACACCACGGAUUUUGUGGCCUACGACGUGGACACGGGGGAGCUGUCCGUUGUCAAUGUGGACUCAACGGCAGGCGAGAAGAAUGUCCCCCAAUCGGGAUUCACUCAACGUGCAACCAUUGAUUGCGAUCGCGAUGAAAUCUACGUUCUUUCCAGCCUAAGUAAGGAGAAGGAACGGCGGGAUCUCAAUGUCAACAGUCUCUGGCUGUACUCCCUCAAAACGAAUGAGUGGACGUGCAUUUACAAGUGUGACCACUCAACGGAGAAUUGCUGUUCCAACAAGAAUCAGGUCAUGUGCUCCGAACCAUGCCCACGAUAUGCCCAUCAGCUUGUCUACGAUGCCACCAACCGUAUUCACUACCUCUUCGGUGGUAAUCCCGGACGAAAUACACUGCCACAGCUACGACUUGAUGACUUCUGGGUGCUCAGGCUUGACAAGCCCAGUCGGCAGCAGAUUUUGCGUCACUGUAAAUAUUUAAUAAGAAGACUGGAGUAUGAGGAGAUAACAAAGAGUGACCCACUGAAGGCUGUCAAUUAUCUUCAGACAAGACUGCACGACAUUAUUGACCACAAAGACCCGGAAGAACUUAAAGAGUUCCACAAAUUGGCUUCAUUGCUGUUCAAAUGCGAUGACUUCCAGACGGAAAAUAACAGUCCCCUUAUGACGGUACCCCUUGGCACCACAUCAGCCUUCCUCCAGGAUAAGACGGCUUCAUCACCGGGUGCUUCCACGACCACAACUCCAUCGCCAUCGUCAUCGUCGUCAUCGACAAAAAUGGAUUUGUCCUUCAAUGUGAAGAAUCAGCGUUAUUUGCUCUUCAAUAAACUCGUGAAGCUCCUGCCGGAGAAUAUGGUGCAGCCAAAGGGGAAUCUGAGUGACUUUGUCCUCAUCUAAAAGGUUUAAAAGAAAGAGAAAAGUCUUCUCCAAUUUUUUUUACUCUUCCCGGACUUUUUUGGCACAGAGAGUUCACAUUGGGAGGGAUCCUCUGCAAAAUUCGGGGAGAUGUCAUAUUUGCUAAACUAUAUACCUUACAUACAAAAAGAACUAUAUACAUAAUAUAAAAAAAAUAUACUCUUAAGGAGAUGCAUGUCGAUCAAUUUAAUAAUAACGAUUUAUCAGCCCCCUA